CCCUCUCCGUCGUACAGGCCCGCUCCGUGACGCCUCUCCAGCAGGUUGAGCGCUUCUUCCCCCCUCAUUUCAGGUUCAUCUCUCGCCUCCUUCAGGAUAACAGUCCGGCUCUAAAUAUCGGCUCAUCCACAGGUCGCUGGCAAGGUUCAAACUGGGCCUGAUGGCGCGCGAGAUGGUAGUUUUAUUUUCCCUCUACGGGCUUUUGAUGGGGAUUGAGAGCAAGUUUACUUCUGUGCAUGAGUGCUGUGAGGCUGGAAGGGCGAUAGCCCUGAGAAAGCAAGACUGCGCGGCGCUUCCACGUUUCAGCUCCCACAUUUGCAGCAUUGCCAAGGAGCACUGCUGUCGGGCGUUAGCGAGGAAGCGAGCCUGUGACACUGGCGUUAAGGUGGCCCGUGGUCACGGGGUCUGCGAGCGGCCCCUCUUCACGGGGUCCGACUGGGAAACGCAAAUUUCACAGUCGUGCUGCGACUGCUGCACGCUGGGUUUGAAAACGGACAGCAUGGGCUUCAGCUGCGACUUUCAGGAGCUGCAGCUGGACAAGCAGUGCUCUAACGCGGCUAAAGCCUGCUGUGAGAAACCCAAGGACAUCGCUCCGUCUGCUGGAGGACAAGAAGAGCUUAAAGUGUCGAUCUCCAGGCCUCCAGACCAACCAAAUGCCUGCAGAGAGCUCAACUGCUCUCAGCUGUGUGUGGGUGACGGAAGAUGCGUCUGCAACGACGGCUUCCGGCUGCAAAGGGACGGGGCGACGUGUGAGGAUAUUAACGAGUGUCUGGCGGACAGCCACGACUGCAGCGCCGAGCAGGUUUGCAUCAACACAGACGGCUCGUUCCGCUGUCAGCUCAGCUGCCACCCGGGAUUCACAAUCACAGACGGCGUCAUCUGCAAAGACAUAGAUGAGUGCGCUCUGGGGAGCCAUAACUGUGGAGCGGACUACGUUUGCGUCAACACACCCGGCUCGUUCUACUGCGACCUGAAGGUGGCGUGCAGAGACGGUUUCACUCGGGACGCUUCAGGAAAUUGCGUCGACAUCGACGAGUGUCUGCUCCUCACCGACCCGUGCCAACCCGGCCAGCGUUGCGUCAACGCCGUCGGCUCUUUCGUCUGCCUCGGGAACGCCGCCGUCUGUCCGCAGGGUUACCAUCCAACCGCGGACGGGACUCGCUGCGACGACGUGGACGAGUGCCUCGUCACCAGCGUGUGCGGCAGCCACGCCUGCGUGAACCUGGACGGGUCGUACCGCUGCGAGUGCAGAGCGGGCUACCGCUUGAGCAACGCCACCGGAGUCUGCGAAGAUCUCAACGAGUGCAAGCAUUACUCCCGGCGACUCUGCGGGCACAUAUGUGAGAACACGGAGGGAUCUUAUCAGUGCAGGUGCAUAUCCGGCUUCAGGCUGGCUCCGGACGGAAGGACCUGCGAAGAUAUCAACGAGUGUCUGACUGGACGUCACAGCUGCGCCAGCGGUCAGGUUUGCCUCAACACCGAGGGCUCGUUUCACUGCCAGCGCGAAACCGCCUGCAACACCGGCUAUAAACUCAUGGGCAGCUCAUGCCAAGACAUCGAUGAGUGCGCUUUGGGGAGACACGACUGUGGGGCAAAUUCAGUUUGCGUCAACACGGCCGGCUCGUUCUUCUGCCAGCAAAAGCCGGCGUGCCGAGACGGUUUCACUCUGGACGCCGCCGGCGGCUGCACCGACAUUGAUGAGUGCUCCGCCCACACCAGUCCCUGCCAGCCCAGCCAGGCGUGCGUCAACACGGUGGGCUCCCACAGCUGCCACACUAAUGCCGUCACGUGCCCACGAGGGUUUCACCUGAGCGUGAACGGCACACGGUGUGAAGACGUGAAUGAGUGUAUGGUUGGCAGUAAGUGUGCCAAGCACGUGUGUGUCAACCUGGAAGGACUGUACCGCUGCCAGUGCAGAAGUGGCUACAUGUUCAACGCCGUCACCAAACUGUGCGAAGAUAUCAAUGAGUGCACCCAUCACCCCGGCCGACUCUGCGCCCACAAGUGUGUGAACACAGAGGGGUCGUACCGAUGUAGCUGUGCAACCGGCUUCAAGCUGGCCGAUGGUGGCAGAGACUGCGAAGACAUCAACGAGUGCGAGGACAAACCCUGCAGCCAGGAGUGCACCAAUGUCUACGGCUCGUACCAGUGCUACUGUCACCGCGGUUACCAGCUGAACGACGUCGAUGGGACAACGUGUGAAGAUAUUGAUGAAUGCACGCUGCCAAACGUAUGUUCUUACCUAUGUGUCAACACGCCUGGUGAUUUUAACUGCACCUGCCCCACCAGUGGUUACACACUCUCGUACGACGGACGUACCUGUCAGGACAUUGAUGAAUGUGCUGCAGGAACUCAUUCUUGUUCUGCCAAGGAGGCCUGCUUUAACAUCCAGGGAGGAUUUCGCUGUCUGUUCUUUGAGUGUCCGCCGAACUUCCGGCGAGCAGGAAAGGGAUCCGCAGGUGACGCCUCCGCCGUGGUGCGUUGCGUCAAAGCGUGCCGGGAACACGACGGCGACUGCGUUCGCGACCCCGUCCACGUCAUCACCUCCACGGCCCUGUCUCUGCCGACCUUGCAACGCUUGAAGGAGCCAGAGGAGAUCGUGUUGCUGCGGACGUCCGCGGCAGCGAAACAAGAUCUUCUCCCAGACGAGCCGGAUGUGCUGUUUGACAUUUCAGCAGACGACGAGCUGCUCUCUUUCGACGUGGUAAAGCGUGCGCAAAACGGCAUGGUUGUCGGGAUAAUCCGCCAGAUCAAGCCCGUAUUGGGCCCGAAGGAGCUCAUUCUGGAGGUGUCCAUGAAGUACGUCCAGUCGGGAGUCGUUUCUCAACAAAACAUCGUCCUCAUUCGCGUCUUCAUCUCCAAGUUCUGGUUCUGAGAAGGGAAUGCAAAUGUUUCAUAGAUAAUUCUACUGGUUAAAAAUGAGGGAAAAAAAAACAAAAACAUGUCAUAAUUAAUGUAAAUGCACAUCGACAAGAAAAACAGUGGCAGAUUUCAGUUUGUGUGGAGGUUGUUUGCAUAGUGGAUUGAAUUCAGUUACAGGUGUUGAUGGUAAUCAGCUCAGGUUACUAACAUGCAAGGAGAGAUUUUUAUGCUCCAUAGUCUUAAGCCUCUGUGAGGUCGUAUGUAUGCACAGCAUGGUUUACGUUUCAGGCAAAUUGCAUUUUUUAGUUUUUAUUUUUGCAAAGAUGACACUAUGCUUGACAAGAAAUUGCAGAUUUACAGGUGAAAGUUUUUUGUCAGUCUAAAUGAUGAGAUGCAAAUAGCCAUAAAUCUCCCAUGAUAUGCUACUGAUGUUGCCUGAAAAAAAUAUAAUACCAGAAUAUUUUAUAUUAUUUCCAGGCAAAUUAGAGUAUUUCUGUGAUUCUUCGUGAGCAGCAUGAAGGAUGUUGAUGUUAAAUAUGAAAUUUGGAAUCAAUGAAAGUGAUAAUUUUGCCCCAUCUCCUCAGACACAGAUUGAUACUUGUAAUUUGUUUGCUAGCUGUAGUCACACUGCCUAUUUUUCUAGAGACUUACAAUUCUGUGCUUUCAUUUUUUUCACCACAUGGUAGCACAAUGUUGCACUCUCAUACAAAUAUAGCUGUGAACUUAAUUUUUUUUAAUGCAAAUAUAUUAAAUGUAAAUUUUUUGCUAAAUGCUUAGCUAAAGCUUUUGUCUUUUAGCCAUAUGUUAAUACAAUGCUAAGUUUUGUGUGUUGGUAAUAUGCUAAUACCUUGCUAAGCUUUCAUAUGUUAGCAAAACCCUUAUACAAAGCUUAGCUGUCAUUUGUUUACCUUAUUACCUAACGCAAUAAGGUUUAAUCUGUUAGCCAGAUGCUAAUACAGUCCUAACCUUUCACUUGUUAACCAGAUUUUAAUACCGGUCUUCAAAUGCUAGUAAAAUGCUUAGCUUUCAUUUGUUCAACAAACACUAAUAUAACACAAAGCUUAUAUCUGUUAGCCAAAUGCUAACAGAAUAACAAGCUUUCAUUUAUUAGUAUAUAUAUAUAUUAGUAUAAAUAUUUCAAAGCAGAAUUAGCAGAAAAAAAUAAUUUAAAAGGUUGCCAGUCAGUUCUUCUAUACAUCAUAAAAGUGUUUCAGUUUAGAGCUUGCCUUUACUCUUUGUGAAAAUGUUUUUUGUUUUGUUUUUUGGCUAACUUCCUGUUUUUUGUUAUGGCAUUACUUUCCUGCCAAAAAAAAUUAAAGCAUAUAAAAUGUCCUCAAACAUUGCUUAUACAUAAAACAUACUUUGCAAACUGUUAUUCCCUACAAAGCAAUCUACUCUACUGGGUAAUAGACAUUUCAGUUGUCUCAAUAUCACCCUCCACUGGUGUCAAAGUUCUGUCUAAGGUAUGACAUGACUAUUGGCAGAAAUUUGGCACAGUGCCUUUUGAAUGCAAGUAGAGUUUGUUUUGUACUCGAGGGCAGUUUGUGAGAUAAGUUUUAUAUGUGUGCAACAUGCUUUAUUUGUUUGCAAUGUUUUUUUGGGAGAUCAAUUUGUGAAGCAUAUUUUAUAUGUGUGCAGCAUCCCUUAUUUGAUCUGAUGCCAUACUUCUGCAUUUAAGUGCUGGUAUUUAACUGAAGCAAUUGUGUUUUGUACAAAAGAAAUGUAUAUUAAAAAAAAUUCAUAAAAAC